AUGAGAAUAAUCAGAAGAAAUUUAAGAGACAACGAAAAUCCUUUCGAGAUGAUAACGGAGGAACAUUUCAUACAGAUAUACCGCUUUCCAAAACAUUUAUGCAGAGUUCUAAUAGAUGAAAUAAUCCCAUUUCUUGAAUCAUCAUCAAGGAUACAUGCUCUUCCAGCGCACACUAAAGUGCUAUGUACAUUGCGUUUUUUUGCUCAAGGAUCCUUCCAGCGAGCUGUUGGUCAGGAUUACUUAUCUUCAUUAUCUCAAACAUCAGUUUCUCGAUGCAUUACAGAGGUUGCAAUUGCAUUAAAUUGCAUUGCAAACCGACACGUAAAAUUUCCAAGAGCUGCGCAAUUUUUGCAGAUAAAAAGGAAGUUUUUUGACAUAGCAGGUUUCCCGGGUGUUAUAGGGUUAAUCGACGGUACACACAUCAAAAUUGCAGCACCAAGAAAAGAAAUAGAACACGUUUAUUACUGCAGAAAAGGUGGACAUUCGAAAAAUGUCCAAAUCAUAUGUGGUGCAGAUCAUUUGAUUUUUAGUGCUAAUGCUCGAUUUGGUGGAACUUCUCACGAUUCCUAUAUUUGGAGAUGUUCAAAAACAAAAACCACCUUGGAAAGGUUAUAUUCUUCAGGUGAAAGGAACUUUUAUUUGCUAGGGGACGGGUAUCCUUUGCAGCCUUGGUUGAUGACACCGAUCCUUGAAUCUAAUUCAAAUGGUGAAGAGGCGUUCAACAAGGCACACAAAAUAACAAGGAGUAUUGUCGAAAGGUGUAUAGGUAUUUUAAAAAGCAGAUUCCGCUGCUUGGCAGCGGGAAGGGUGUUAUAUUACGCUCCUGGAAAAGCAGGCGUCAUUAUUAACGCAUGUAUUGUUUUACAUAACAUGUUAAUAAAAGCAAGAAUUCCCCUGAAUGAAGACCUUCUAAUUGAAGCUGAAUCUCAAGAUGAAAGGGAAAUAGCUAUAAGGGGAAAUUUUAAUGAGCGCAAUGUUUUAGCCGAAGCACGAAAUAUUCGACAGCAAAUUGUACGAAAUAAU